GAAUCCACAUAUGCACCAGCACCUCCAUCAAGUUCAAGCAGCUAUGUCCAGCAGCUCCAGUGCCUCAGAUGUCUCCUCCAUCCUCCAGCCUCUUACGAUCGGUCAACUUAUCUUGCGCAAUAGGAUCACCAUGGCCGCGCUAACACGCUCCCGGUCUGUCCCUACUAAUGUCCCUAAUGACAUCAACCUAGAAUAUUACGUCCAACGCGCUCGUGGUGGUACAGGUCUUAUCGUAUCAGAGGGUACCUUGAUUGUCCAACAAGGAACUGAAUGGCAAAACGCCCCUGGACUUUGGAGCAAUGAACAGGUGUUGGCAUGGAAGAAGAUUACCGAUGCGGUGCAUGCAGAGGGUGGACUUAUAUUCGCUCAGCUCUGGCAUCUGGGACGGUCCUGUCAUCCUGAUGCUCCCGAGCAACUGGCUUCUGGAAAACCUGUGUACGCACCUUCUGCUGUUGCUGCGCGUGGUGGUAAGUUUCGGUUCCUUCCCGGAGAGCCUGGAUUUGUCACUCCUACCGCAAUAGACGAUCCUCGCGUCCAGAUUGAGGAGUUCAAGCAAGCAGCAAUCCACGCCAGAGAAGCAGGCUUUGACGGUGUUGAAUUGCAUGGAGCUGGUGGUUAUCUGGUCCACCAAUUCCUGGACUCUACCUCGAAUAUCCGUACGGACUCUUGGGGGGGAUCGAUAGAAAACCGAUGUCGAUUUGGUCUUGAAGCACUCAAGGAGCUCGUUUCUAUUUGGGGUAACAAAAAGGUUGCUGUCAAAUUAGAUCCCUCCGGGGGAUAUAAUGAUAUGGGCAUGCCUCUGCAAGAGACACUCGACACAUUUCGUUACUUCAUCACAGAAGCAGACAAGUUGGACUUGGCAUACAUCUCUCUUGUACGGUACACGCCAGGCCGGGAUGUAAUGUACGACGGAAAGCUUCGCAACACGCCGCACGACGUUCUCGCCUCGUAUCGUCCAUUUAUCAAGCGAUCUGCACUGUUUCUGAAUGGUGGACUCACUCCGAGUGAAGCUGCGACGCUUGUAGCGUCUGGCCAGAUCGACGCUGCUGUGUUUGGGAGAUUGUUCAUUGGCCACCCCGAUAUUGCGAAGAGACUGGAGAGGGGGUUGCCGCUGGACGCAAAGAUGGAUUAUACGAGGUUUUAUGGUCAUGGGCCACACCUUAGCGUGGAAGAGCAGAGAAGAGGAUAUAGUGACUAUUCUGAAGUUACUUUGUAAGUAAAUACGUACACCUUUUCACGUCAUUUUUUUAUUUGGCA